ACCCUGUUAAUCCCACUCCCCCUAAGCUCCAACCCACCCUUUAUAUUCGUCGCUUUCUCUCUGAACUCUCCAUCCUCUCAUCUCAGUUUUAUUUUCUCUUUCUUGGCCUCUGGAUACGAUCCUUAGUGCUCCAUUUACUUCCUACCAAGCUCCACGACAUUGACAUUUGCCACAACCCAAACUCUUUGACCUUUUCUUCUACAUAUAUAUCUUAGAGUUGACAAAAAGACAGGCAUAAAUCGAUGGCUAAACAGAUGCAGAAGACUAGCAUGUUCAUUGAGCAAAGCCCUGGAGAUUAUGAGAACGGUGAUAUCCAAAAGAACUUGGAUGAUGAUGGUCGACCCAAAAGAACAGGGACUUGGGUUACUGCAAGUGCUCAUAUUAUCACUGCUGUGAUUGGAUCUGGAGUGCUAUCUCUUGCAUGGGCUAUUGCACAGUUGGGAUGGGUAGCUGGACCAGCAGUUCUCAUGGCUUUCUCCUUCAUCACCUACUUCACUUCCACCCUUCUUGCUGACUGCUAUAGGGCUCCUGAUCCUGUCCAUGGAAAGAGAAACUAUACCUACAUGGAUGUUGUUAGAGCUUACUUAGGAGGAAGAAAAGUUCAGCUUUGUGGAUUGGCUCAAUAUGCAAAUCUUGUUGGAAUAACCAUUGGUUACACUAUCACAGCAUCAAUUAGUAUGGUGGCUGUGAAAAGGUCCAAUUGCUUCCACAAGCAUGGACAUCAUGUGAAGUGCCAAACAUCAAAUUACCCAUUCAUGGUCAUCUUUGCUUGUAUCCAACUCGUUCUAAGCCAAAUCCCAAACUUCGACAAGCUUUCAUGGCUCUCCAUUGUUGCUGCCAUCAUGUCUUUCGCUUAUUCUUCCAUUGGUCUAGGACUCUCCAUAGCCAAAGUUGCAGGUGGGGAACAUGUAAGGACAUCCUUAACUGGUGUAACAGUAGGGGUUGAUGUGUCGGGAUCCGAAAAGGUUUGGAGGACUUUCCAAGCUAUCGGUGACAUUGCCUUUGCGUAUGCUUACUCCACUGUUCUCAUUGAGAUUCAGGACACGAUCAAAUCGAGCCCACCAGAGAACAAAUCUAUGAAAAGAGCAAGUAGCAUUGGUGUUUCGACAACCACUUUAUUUUAUGUACUUUGCGGUCUUAUUGGAUAUGCAGCAUUUGGCAACGAUGCACCAGGGAAUUUUCUUACAGGGUUUGGUUUCUAUGAACCCUUUUGGCUGAUUGACUUCGCCAACAUCUGCAUUGCCAUCCAUCUCAUUGGUGCAUACCAGGUUUUUGCACAACCCUUAUUCGGGUUCGUGGAGGGUUGGUGUUCCAGGAACUGGCCUAAUAGCAAGUUCAUUACAAGUGAACAUGCUGUUGAUGUUCCAUUCUAUGGUAUUUACUACCUCAACUUCUUCAGGUUGGUAUGGAGGACGGCAUACGUUAUCAUAACAGCCGUGGUAGCCAUGAUCUUUCCUUUCUUCAAUGAUUUCUUGGGUCUCAUUGGAGCCGGCUCGUUUUGGCCGUUAACAGUCUACUUUCCCAUCGAGAUGCACAUCGCGCAAUCGAAAACGCCCAAAUACUCAUUCAGAUGGAUAUGGCUAAAAAUACUUAGCUGGGUUUGCUUGGUGGUUUCACUCAUUGCUGCUGCUGGAUCUGUUCAAGGACUGAUUCAAAGCCUCAAGACAUAUAAACCCUUUCAAACUCAGGAAUGAAUGAUCCUCUUUGCCUACACUUUACUUCUCUGAAAAAUAUGAAACCUUGUUCAAUAAGUAAGAAUUUGUAGAAGCUGUAAUUUGUUACCUUUCCUCGGUAUUUGAAACUCCAAUUUGCUUGUAGCGUGUUACCUUGUGAAUGACAAUGUUAAGACAAAGUUUCUGCAA